AUGUCGGCGCCUUGGUCAGAAUCCGCCCCGCGAAGGAAAGCCAAUUACAAAGUCCGCUUUCGACAUGGUGUGUAUCCUGAUCUGGAAAGUCAGGCUACCAGGGCCGAUAUCAAGAAGUACGACUACUUCUUUGGUGCGGCGCAGAGAUGGGUCGUCGGUAUCGAGGAAGAGUCCGCAAGUAAGAGAGCGACACAUGCGCCCGACGAGUCGAAGCUGGAAUGA